UACUACGACAGCAACAUGCUAAGUGGUGCAAAGAUCCUGUCCGGCACGGAGGUGGCCAAGGAGAUCCGCGAGCGGUUAAAGAAGGAUGUGGCCGAGAUCCGGCGCCAGGUACCGACGCUUGUGCCCGGGUUGGCGAUCGUGCAGGUUGGUGGCCGCGAGGACUCGAACGUCUACAUCCGGAUGAAGAUCAAAGCGGCGGAAGAGAUCGGCAUGUACGCCGAACACGUCCAGCUGCCGCGUACGACCACGCAGGACGAGCUGUUGGCAACGGUCAAGCGCCUCAACGAGGACCCUUGCUUCCACGGCAUCAUCGUCCAAAUGCCGCUCGAUUCGGACUCCCCGAUCGAUGCACAUCUCAUCACGGAUGCCGUUUCCCCGGAAAAGGACGUGGAUGGGCUCAACACCGUCAACGAGGGGCGCGUCGCAACGGGUGAUAUGGGCGGAUUCCUGCCCUGCACGCCAAACGGUUGUAUGGAGUUAAUCAAACGUAGCGGCACACCGAUCGCAGGCUCAUAUGCGGUCGUGAUUGGUAGAAGCAAGAUCGUUGGAACCCCGAUGUCGGAGUUGCUUAAAUGGGCCGAUGCCACCGUCACGAUCGCGCACUCUAAGACGAAGAACCUGAACCUGCUCAUCAAGAAGGCGGACAUCCUGGUGGUGGCCGUCGGCCGACCAGAGAUGGUCCGGGGCGCCUGGAUUAAGCCGGGCGCUGUCGUCAUAGAUUGCGGUAUAAACUCCAUCCCGGACCCGACCAAGAAGAGCGGCCAGCGGUUGGUGGGAGACGUGAAGUACGACGAGGCGCUGACCGUUGCCUCGCACGUAACACCGGUUCCAGGAGGUGUAGGUCCGAUGACGGUCGCGAUGCUGAUGCAGAACACCGUUCAGUCUGCCCAGAGAGUUGCCCGGAGAUUGAUCGAGAUGGAGUUCCGCUGGUGUUUGAAGCAGCUUCCACUCAAGCUAACCGAACCGGUUCCCAGUGACAUCGAGAUUGCUCGCGCCCAGGUGCCAAAGGAUGUGUCCUUGUUGGCACAGGAGAUCGGUCUGAUACCGUCCGAGGUGUCGUUGUACGGGACGAAGAAAGCCAAAGUAUCCCUGAAGGUGUUGGAGCGUCUCCAGUAUGAGGACGAUGCGAAAUACGUCGUCGUCGCCGGAAUUACACCGACUCCGUUGGGUGAGGGUAAAAGUACCACCCUGGUUGGGCUAGUGCAGGCCUUGACCGCACACAAGCGAUACAAUUCGAUCGCAUGCCUGCGCCAGCCUUCGCAAGGACCUACGUUCGGUAUCAAGGGUGGAGCGGCUGGUGGUGGCUACUCGCAGGUCAUCCCGAUGGAGGACUUCAACCUGCAUCUGACCGGUGACAUCCACGCAGUUACGGCGGCAAACAAUCUGCUGGCAGCGCAGCUGGACGCACGCAUUUUCCACGAGGCGACCCAAACCGACCAAGCCCUGUACGAGCGGCUGGUACCGGCCAUCAAGGGAUCGCGCAAGUUCGCCCCGAUCCAGCUACGUCGAUUGAAGCGGCUUGGCAUCGACAAGACGGACCCGUACACGCUUACACCGGAAGAGAUCCGUCGCUUCGCCCGACUCAACAUCGACCCACACAACGUGGUUUGGACGCGCGUGCUGGACGUGAACGAUCGCUAUCUGCGUAAGAUCACCAUUGGUCUGUCACCGACCGAGAAGAACCUGACACGUGACACCAGCUUCGCGAUCUCGGUGUCGAGCGAGAUCAUGGCCAUCCUGGCGUUGGCUACCGGGCUCGAGGAUAUGAAGCAGCGACUGGCGAAGAUGGUGGUGGCUUUCGAUAAGGCUGGCACACCGGUCACCGCGGAUGAUUUGGGAGUGACUGGUUCGAUGAUGGUGCUGCUAAAGGAUGCCAUCGAGCCAACGCUCAUGCAGACGCUCGAGGGUACUCCGGUGCUGGUGCACGCCGGUCCGUUCGCUAACAUCGCGCACGGUUGCUCCUCUAUCGUGGCGGACGAUAUCGGCAUGAAGUUGGCUGGUAAGCGCGGUUUCGUCGUGACGGAAGCCGGUUUCGGUUCCGACAUAGGCAUGGAGAAGUUCUUCAACAUCAAGUGCCGCGCUUCCGGCAAGGUGCCGAAUGCGGUCGUACUGGUAACAACGGUGCGAGCGCUGAAGAUGCAUGGUGGAGGUCCGGUUGUGACCGCAGGAGCGCCGUUGCGGCGUGAAUACAUGAGCGAGAAUCUCGACCUGCUGGAGAAAGGGUUGCCGAACCUGCUAAAGCACAUUGAGAACGGUUUGAAGUUUGGCGUUCCGGUUGUGGUUGCCAUCAACGCCCACGGCACCGAUUCCGCGGCCGAACACGAGCUAGUACGUACGGCGGCCAAGGCUGCUGGGGCGUUCGAUGCGAUCGUAUCGAACCACUGGGCCAAGGGUGGCGAAGGAGCUGCUGAACUGGCUCAGGCGGUCAUCGAUGCCUGCAACCGGCCAGCUGACUUCAAGCUGCUGUACGAGCUGGACCUGCCGAUCGAGGACAAGAUCAUCCGAAUCGCCAAGGAGAUGUACGGGGCCGGCACGGUGGAGCUAAACAGCAAGGUUCGGGAUGCCAUCCGUCUCUACACGGAAAAGGGCUUUGGCAAGCUGCCGAUCUGUAUGGCCAAGACGUCGAUGUCGCUGACGGGUGACCCGAGCGUGAAAGGUGCGCCGAAGGACUUCAAGCUGGUCAUCAAUGACAUCUGCCUUUCGGCCGGUGCCGGGUUCGUCGUACCGAUGUGCGGUGAAAUCUCCAAGAUGCCCGGUCUCCCAACACGACCGUCAAUUUUUGACAUCGACCUUAACACCGAAACGGGGGAAAUCGAGGGAUUGUUUUAAAGCGGCCAGCUGAUGCGCUGUUGCUACGAGCUAGGCUUGAAUGAAUUCGAUUUUUGUAGACCGAGAGAAAGUGAAAAUUUUAACUAUUUUCUUUGCCAUAUUUUUGAUACACGAGUUUACUGUGUUAACGCUUGCUGUAUACUCCGAAGGGAUUAUUUUGAAAUUAUCGAAAGCAUACCACGCUUUUUUCACUGUCGACCUGACCAUAUUUCAGAUUCAAUCAGACGCUUAUCGCUACGUUGAAAAUUUACCAAAUACAUCACUU